AAGAGCUAGCAUCUCUCAAGAAGAGCCUUGAAGAUGACCAGACAACUCAUGAGCAGCAGAUUUCUGAACUGAGACAAAAGCAUUCCCAUGCUAUUGAAAACCUUAAUGUUGAAAUUGACCAACUUAAGAAGAUGAAGAGUGGCUUAGAUAAAUCCAAGAAUCAGCUGGAGGCUGAGAAUGCAGACUUGGCUAAUGAGUUGCGUAGCAUUACCAGCAGCAAGCAGGAAAGUGAAAAGAAGCGCAAACAAUGCGAAGCCAUUAUCUCAGACUUGCAAGUGAAAAUUGCUGAAUCAGAGCGCAGCCGUACAGACCAUCAGGAACGACUCACGCGGUUAGAGCAAGAGCUAAUUGCUGCUAACCUGGCCAUGGAGGAAGCUGAUUCCAGAGCUGUGUCAGCCAACAACCAGCUCAAGAACCUGGAGUCGCACAUGCAGGAGACCCAGGGUCUGCUGGAGGAAGAGACACGACAGAAGCUGAACCUCAAUUCUCGCGUUCGAGCACUGGAACAGGAAAAGGAUCAUCUUCAAGAAGCUCUUGAUGAAGAGGAGGGAGCUAAGCGAAAUCUGGAAAAGCAGGUUGCCACACUACAGGUUCAGCUAAGUGAAGCCAAAAAGAAGGCAGAGGAGGAGUCUGGCAAUGCACAGCAGUUAGAGGAAACACGUAAGCGGCAGAUGAAGGAGCUGGAGGAACUGCGUGCCCGUUUAGCUGAGCUGGAGUCUGCCAAUGAAAAAUUGGAAAAGAGCAAGAGAAAGCUUCAGGCUGAGCUGGAGGAUGCCCAAGUAGACAUUGAUGCGAACCGGGCCAAGGUGGUUGAGUUGGAAAAGAAACAGCGUAACUUUGACAAAUUGUUGAGUGAGGAGAAGAACAACUAUGAGCGGUGCCAGCAGGAGAAGGAGAAUGCAGAACGAGAAGCUAGAGAAAAGGAGACAAGGAUUCUUUCCCUCAACAGAACACUGGAGGAGUACAUGGAACGCAUUGAGGACCUGGAGACUGGCAAGAAGAGGUUACAGCUUGAGCUGGAUGACUUGGUCUCCACACGAGGCACAGCAGACAAGAAUGUGCAUGAGUUGGAGAAGGCUAAGCGUGCCCUUGAAUCACAGCUCACAGAACAGAAGACUCAGAUUGAGGAGCUUGAGGAUGAGCUCCAGCUGACAGAGGAUGCCAAGCUGCGUCUAGAGGUCAACAUGCAGGCCAUGAAGGCUCAGUUCGAGCGUGACCUCAAUGCCCGGGAGGAACAAGGUGAGGAGAAGCGACGAGGCCUACUGAAGCAGCUGCGUGAGUUGGAAGCGGAGUUAGAAGAGGAGCGGAAACAGCGUACAGCUGCUGUCACUGCCCGCAAGAAGCUGGAGGGUGACCUGAAAGACAUGGAAGGUCAGUUGGAGAUGAACAGCAAGAUGAAGGACGAUGCUCUCAAGCAGAUGAAGAGGGCUGGAGCACAGGUGAAGGAAUACCAGCGUGAGGCUGAAGAAAGCCGGCUAGCAAGGGAGGAAACUGUUUCGCAGUACAAAGAACUUGAGCGAAAGAUGAAGGUGAUGGAGACUGAACUGCUACAGUACCAGGAGGAUCUAAGUUCUGCUGAGCGGGCCCGCAAGAAUGCAGAAACAGAGAGAGAUGAGCUGCAAGAAGAGCUUACCCAGUAUACCUCUAAGGUUACACUUGGUGCAGAUGAGAAGAAGAGACUUGAAGUACGCAUCUCCACUCUUGAAGAAGAGCUGGAAGAGGAACAGAGCAAUGUAGAGGUUUUGAUGGACAAGAUGCGGAAGAACCAGAUCUCAAUGGAACAGCUACAGACAGACUAUAACACCGAGAAAUCUUCUGUGGUGAAGCUUGAAGGCCAACGGUCCAUGCUGGAGAGGCAGAACAAGGAGCUGAAGGCCAAGCUGGCUGAGCUGGAGUCUGAAAUUCGCUCUAAGACUAAGGCCACCAUUGCAGCUUUAGAAACAAAGGUAUCCAACUUGGAGGAGCAGUUGGAGGUUGAGGCUCGUGACCGGCUGGCUCAGGCCAAGGCCAACCGCAAGCUGGAGAAGAAGCUGAAGGAGCUUGUGAUGCAAGUGGAGGAUGAGCGACGCCAUGCUGACCAGUACAAGGAACAGCUUGAUAAGUCCAAUGCGCGAGUGAAGCAGCUGAAGCGUACAAUGGAGGAGACAGAGGAUGAACUUUCUAAGGAGAAAAUGCAACGACGCAAGAUCCAGCGGGAGGUAGAAGACAUGUUAGAGGCACAAGAGGCACAGAACAGGGAAAUAUCCUCUCUCAAGACCAAACUGAGCCAAGCAGAGGCUGAAAAGGUCUUAAACCAAAUCACAAAAAGAACGAAACGUGGCCUGUGCAAGCUUACAAAGAACGCCUCGUCAUCAAAUGUGAUUGAUCUGGCACAGGACUUGAGUAGCAGCGAGGAUGAGAAACGUGGUGGAGGAAUCAGCUCUCGACUGGAGUACAUUGCUGUGAAGCGUGGGUCCAUUGCUGCUGCCAGUGAUGACUCUCAGAAUGCUGAUGACUCAGUGGAUGGAGAGGAAGAUGCUACUAAGUGAAGCAAAAUAUCUGGUCUGAGCCAACCCUCUGGGAAUGGCAUCAAGCUUGAAUCAUCUUAAGUGGGAUGUCAUUGGGUGGAUAAAUAUACAUAAAAAUAUAUAUAUAUUUCUUUUUCUUUGUGUGUUUGUGCUUUGUCAAGAUCGGCAGUAAGACUUUUUUUUUUUUUUUUUUUUUUUUUUUUUUUUCCAGACCAUAUCAAAUGAAAACUAAGAUAGUGCUGACCAAAAGCACUAGAAAACAGAUAUAUGGUUUUCUAUAAAAAAUAAGUCCUACCUAUGCCAGAAAUAAGUUACAUGAUUGUUACCAAAAUAUUUGUUCACAGUCAUGUUGCAGAGAAAUUGACUACACAUAUAUGUUAAUAUAUGACUUCUUGUCUAUUUGGAUACAUUGUUGAAUCUGUUGCCAUACCAUAUGUGGAAUGUGUGUGUGUGUUUGAGAGAGUGUGAGUGUGUGUGUGUGUGCAUGAGAGAGUGUGAGUGUGUGUGUGUGUGCACCCAAUGAGCAAAGAGAUAAAUUGAGACAUUCCAGAAAAGAGGGAAGUGGGGGGAGGAUGAAAUAAGGUGUAGUCAUGUUGGCAUGCCUGUACUUAAUCCUAAAGGGGAGACAGAAUGGAGCAUCUUUCCAUGAGUCAUAUGAGCACAAAGCAGCCUCCUCACAACUUCUGAGCAUGUGUAUGAUAGAGAGUGAGGAAAAGCUGAGAGGUAUGUGCCUUGUAGGUCAGAGUGAGUGAGGGAGUCAGGGAAGAAAACCCAAGCAAGUAGCAGAUGGAACUGAUGGUUGCCAAGCGACCAGUAUCAUCAGCUUCAUGCUGAGGAUCAAGUACAUCAGGCUAGUGUUGGAGGGUGAGUGCUGAGUGACCGGCUCAAAUCGACUUUGCAUUACCCGUUACCCGAACUUGAGAUAAUACAUUACGAUCUUGCUUCAUCCACUGCAGGAGCAACAUAAGUAGCAAAGCUCCAGUGGAUGUAACACUGCCACCACAGGCCCUCACAUAAUAUUAGUCAUGCGCCUGUGCAUGGUAUGCCUUUUUUUACUGUCCUAAUGGAAUUUCAUUUGUAUUAUUACUGUCAGACUAACAAUGAAUGCUUCCAAUUUGCUAUUACACUUGUAUAGACUUAAUUAAUAUUGAAUAAAUAACUAUUGUCAUUAGCUGCCUAUGUUUUAUUAUUAUUAUUAUUAUUAUUAUUAUUAUUAUUAUCAUCAUAAUUAUUACUACUACUAUUACUUGUAUAGUUGCCAGAGAGUUUAGUGACAAAAAUGUUCUUAUACAUCCUGUACUACUUUCUUACCCAGAGCUUAAUUACAACCAUCCAUGCCGCAGAAUCCGUUUUUCAUCCUUCUGUCUUUUAGAUGUACACUGGUUGUAACUUUAGUGAAUUUAUUUAUCUUGCAAGUGACCUUAAAUACCAUACCAUGCUCAUGAUGUAUUACAACCUCAGCCUGCAAUAUGUAAUUCCCAUUUGUCUAGAAACUAUUGCCUUAUAGAUGUAGUCAAAAGUUAAUUUGAUAUUUAUAUUCUGAUAGUAGACCGUAGGCAUCCUUAUGAUAAGAGUAAUGUUGUACAGGAUGGUGAUAAGAAACAAUAGCAUUGAUGGAAAGAACCGAUUUGUGAUUUAAGGUAUAUAAAAGCUUCUAUAAGGUGCUUUGUUUUGAUAUUGCUAUAUUGCAUUUGUUAAUUUGAAGUGAUGAUCAGGUAUAGUUAGGUAUAGAUAUAGAAUUUUGAUUGAUAAAAGUUUUCUAUAAAAGAGCAGGGUACAUCAUGCUUACCAGACAAUUGAAGGCCACCUUUUGUUCAAGAAUCAUCAGUUAGAAUGCACAAAGUGCAGUCCAUGGCAAUGAUGUGAUAGGAAAAGGUUCAUGACAACUUACUGAUCAAGAUCACACACACACACACACACACACCAAAAAAAAAAAAAAAAAAAAAAAAAUGUACAUAUACACACUUGUAUGCAGUUGUGGACUUUUAAAUAAUUCCAUAUUGGAGAAAAGUGAUAAAUUCCCCCACAGAAACAAGCCCUCAGUUUGCACCAACCUCUCUUCCUCUUUAUGUCUCCACCUCCCACAAAUUAUUCUGAACAUGUCCUCAGUAUUCUUGAGGAUGUCUGUCAGAUGAAACAUAGUGGAAACAUAGUAGGCCAAAUCAAAAGCCAUUGGUGUAAAUUUAGGACUUGUUUUGUUGGUUAGUUUGGCUCCAGCUCAGUGUAUCUGGGGAGAGUGGGAGAGAUGAAAAGGGGAACCCAGAACCUUCCAUUAGCUUGGAGUGAGACAUCCUGCCACCAGAAUAGUCUAAGGGGAUUGACCGUCCAGUUACUCCUUUGCCAUAAUGCAGAGCCAAAAGAGAGGGGGGGAUACAAUUUGGGGGACCCCUGAGGUGUGAAGUUGGUGGUGGUACUGAUGUUUUAAGUUCCUAUGCUGAGGAAAAUGUGCCAAGUGCAUCUUUACUUUUUCACAUCAGUGAGCCUAGGUAAUGAGCCAAAGACAGCAAUCAGUGUUAACUUAGGUAAUGAAGUCUUUUUGUCACCGACUUUUGGUGGGGGAGAAUCUAGUGUCGACAACUGUGCUUAGCACUAUUAUAAUUUAUAAAGUAAUUAAAUUUCCCAUAUAGUGAUUUGUAUACUUUGGAUGCAUUCCAACUGACUGCAAUAAAUGGCCUUAACAA